AUGCCUCAGCUAGCUGUUUCGCCGUCCAUGCCCGCCCUCCGCCAGAUCCAAGCUCUCUGCGGCGGCCAAGCUGCACACAGCCACUUUGCGCGGCCAACCACUGGUAAAUCCCGCAUCACAGGCGGUGACAACAUGGCCAGCUCGAGUAGAAAUAUGAGCGCUCAAUCCGAGUGCAAUGCCCAGUACUGCUCUCGUGCGGCCCGCGAUAUUGCUCUGGUUGCUGCCGCCUUCACACCUGCCUUCGCACCUGCCUUCGCACCUGCACUUUCGCGACACCCCCCCCCACCAGCACCAGCAAGAGCGGCCGCCGUCAUGUCCGACCAGCCUUCCCAGUCCAGCCCGGACAGUGACCCCGACCUCAUCUCCGCUGCUCCCAACCGCAUCCGCUACGCUGACGAUGUCGAGGCUUUGCGUCGUCGAAGCCUGCGUCGCCGUGCCUCCAACGCCUCCGAUCUGUCCACUCGCACCUCGCGCUCCUUUGCCCGCCGCGAGGUCGAACCCGCCGUCGUUCUGCCCAUCGAGUUCCGCACACUCUCUUUCAACGUUGAGCAAACCCAGGCCAAAGCCGUCGAGGACCUCGAGCUCAAGGAGAAGGAGAAGGCAAAGUCACCGAAGAAGAAGCUCGAUGCCGAGUUCGACUACGCCACCGUCGACUGGCACAAGCUCACUGUCCACGACCUGUGCAUUCGCCUUUCGACUUCGCUCCAGCACGGUCUGUCUGCCGAUGUAGCCGCUCGCAAACUCAAGGAAUACGGCCCCAAUGCCCCCUCGCCGCCCCCCUCGACAUGGUUUCGCAGGUCCGUAGGAUACUUCUUCGGUGGCUUUGGCUCCAUUCUCUUGACUGCCUCCAUCCUCGUCUUCAUCGCAUGGAAGCCCCUGGGAGACCCUCCUGCCCAGGCAAACCUGGCUUUAGCCACUGUCUUGCUUGUUGUCUUUUUCAUCAACGCUGCCUUCAACCUUUACCAGGACUGGUCCAGCUCUCGAGUCAUGUCAUCCAUCAAGACCAUGCUUCCUGAGGAGUGUCUUCUGCUGCGCGACGGCAUCAAACAACACCACCAGGGCGUUGACAUCGUUCCCGGCGAUGUCCUUUACCUCAGGAUGGGAGACAAGCUCCCUGCAGAUGUUCGCUUCGUCGAAGUCUCACCAGACGCCAAGUUCGAUCGGUCUAUUCUUACUGGCGAGACCGCCCCUCUUCGCGGUACCGUCGAUUCGACCGACGAAAACUUCCUCGAAACUGCCUGCAUCGGCAUGGCCGGGACCCACAUUGUGUCUGGAUCCGCUGUUGGCGUCGUCAUCGGCACUGGUGACCAUUCGGUCUUCGGUCGCCUUGCGAAACUAACGAGUGCCCCCAAGACUGGCUUGACCGGCCUUGAGAAGGAAAUAUACUACUUCGUUGCCAUGAUCGUCUGUAUCAUGCUCACCAUGGUCAUCAUCGUCAUCUCCGUCUGGGCCGGCUGGCUGCGUCGCGACCACCCUCAUUGGAUCAAUGUCUCUCAACUCAUCGUAGACUGUGUCAGUGUAGCCGUUGCUUUUAUUCCCGAGGGUCUCCCAAUCGCUGUCACAGCCAGUUUGACCAUUGUCGCAAGCAUCAUGAGGAAGAACGCCAUCCUUUGCAAGUCUCUCAAGACCGUCGAGACCCUUGGAUCCGUCAGCGUCAUCUGCUCCGACAAGACCGGUACCUUGACCAAGAAUCAGAUGCGCGUGACCGACUGCCUCGUUGGUCGCGACGUCCUGACUGCUACCGAAGCCGCUGGCAAAGUGCAACUGUCUCGUGUCUCAGCCAACAUUGCUGAACCAUCACUGGCUUGUAAGCAGCUUGCCGUUGUCGGUAGCGUUUGCAACGCUGGCGAGUUUGACGCAUCGACCAUGAACAAGCCCCUUUCCGAACGCAAGAUCAACGGUGACGCCACCGACACGGCUGUUCUGCGCUUCUCCGAAGGCCUUCUGUCCGUCCAUGAGACGCGCCAGAAGUGGCGCAACGUCUACCGCGUCGCCUUCAACAGCAAAAACAAAUUCAUGAUCCAGGUUGCCCAGCGCGACGUAUACGAGCCCGCCAACGAUGCAUUGUUUGAUAAUGACAACCCUCGGCCAGAGGACCAAGUGUUGAUGAUCAAGGGUGCUCCGGACAUCCUCUUGCCUAGAUGUACGCGCUUUAUGGACUACGAAGGACACGCCCAACCCCUUACAGAAUCCGACCGGUGUUUUCUCGAGGACGCUAAGAACGUCUACUCGAAGCAAGGAAAGCGCGUCAUCCUACUAGCCCAGAAGGUCUUGCCGAAGCACGUUUCUGGGAUUUCCAAUGAGUCCGCCCAGUACGAGAACGCCAUCAUGGACGAGGCUAGCAGGGGCUUCCUUCUCAUCGGCCUCGUCGCCAUCGUCGAUCCUCCCAGAGAUGAGAUCCCUGAGGUUGUGAAGACACUGCGCGGUGCGGGUAUCAAGAUCUUCAUGGUCACCGGCGACUUCCAACUGACAGCCGCUGCCAUCGCCGCCGAUUGCGGUAUCAUCACGAAUCCUCCCGAAGACAUACACGACAUUCAUUCACUUUCGACGGAGUACGCCUCUCCGCCUGACGAGAAGUCUGUGGAAAUCUCAAUCCCGACGUCCACUGCGCUGGGCGCGCCGCGGUCGCUCGUCAUCAGCGGCGGCGACAUGAACGCUCUGACACAUGAGCAGUGGGACGCGCUCUGCAAGUACGACGAGAUCGUCUUUGCGCGCACAACACCGGAGCAGAAGCUCAAGAUCGUGAUGGAGCUGCAGGCGCGACACGAGACGGUCGGCAUGACGGGUGACGGGGUCAAUGAUGCGCCGUCACUCAAGCAGGCGGAUAUCGGCAUCGCCAUGGGUGGGGGCAGCGACAUCGCCAUUGAAGCAGCUGACAUGGUGCUGCUCGAGUCUUUCGCCGCGGUCGUUGAGGCGGUCAAGUACGGGCGUGUGGUGUUCGACAACCUCAAGAAGACCAUCUGCUACCUGAUCCCCGCCGGCACAUUCUCCGAGUUCUGGCCAAUCAUGACGAACGUGCUGUUCGGGCUACCGCAGGUGCUGUCGUCGUUCCUGAUGAUCAUCAUUUGCUGCUUCACCGACUGCGCCGCCGCAACGGCCAUCGCGUACGAAAAGCCCGAGGCCGACGUGCUGCGGCAGCGGCCACGCAACCCCCGCAAAGACCGCCUCGUUGAUUGGAAGCUCAUGCUUCACGCGUAUGGCACCAUAGGCGUCAUGCAAUCGGUCUCGUCUUUCGCCAUGGCGUACUGGUACUGCCAGCGCCAGGGCCUUCCCUUCUCGACGCUGUGGUUUGGUUUUGGCGCCGUGCCCGAGGGCAUGAGCCAAGAGCGCAGCCAGCAGAUUUUGAACCACGCCAGCUCCAUCUACUUCGUCAACCUGGUCGUCAUGCAGUGGUUCAACCUCAUGGCCGUGCGCACGCGUCGCCUCUCGCUGCUGCAGCAUCCUCCGCUCUGGGUCAAGGAGACGCGCAACCUGUGGCUCUUCCCCGCCAUUCUAUUCAGUCUGGGAAUUGCAUUCUUGUUUCUAUACCCGAAGCAGCUGCAAGAGGUGCUGUCGACGACGAGCGUGCCAGUGGCGCACUGGUUCUUGCCCAUGGCGUUUGGAAUGGGCAUCUUGCUGCUGGAUGAGGCCAGGAAGUGGGCGGCGAGAAAGUGGCCCCGGGGGUGGGUGGCGAAGGUGGCAUGGUAA